ACUAUAUCUAAUUAAAGUUCCCAAUUUUUAUCGGUUCGCGAAUUGAUCGAGUGACAGCCCUAAAAGCUUCAUCUGCCACUUGAACGAUCGAAAGGUACGACGGCGCGCCGGUAUCAGGAAGGAAUGUACAGUGGGUGACUUGAACAGUUCCUGUCCCAUUCGCUCCCAACCGGCUUUGCCUAAGCUAAAUUUGUACGCCGUCUCAUUCAUACACACCAACAUUUUCAAUACUUACCUGCGUAAAAUGAUAUACAUCUGUUGCGGUAUCAACCUCUCGCUCGCACCUACGGCCCUAAAUGCAUUGUUGAUAUACGCGUCUCGCUCGGACGUCUCAUGAACAGGGGGUAGACGGUGUUGGUGCACGUUUGUGUUGGUGUUCGUUUAUUUAGUGAACUUGGAAGCUCGCUUUCGUGUUUGUGCAUAGGGUGUCGGGUAUGAUUGUGUGCGUGAGUUGUAGAGGCGCGACAUAGCUUUGCCGUCUCCAUGACUUAAAAGUUUUGUACGGAAUGAGACCUGCGAGCUAGUUCUGCGCCGGCCGGCACGCUUGAUGCACGCGUGUGGGACGCUCGCGUCCAACUUCUUCGUGAAUCUACGAGUUUUAAAACUUGUUUUAGAAAACAUUUUAACUUGAAAGUUAUUGAACUGUAUUUUAUUUAGUGACGAUUAACAUUAAGUUGAUGAAUAAAGUGGUUAUUUCUUGUAGUAAAUAGUGUGUUGUUUAUUUUUUUCUGUGAAACUGCAACGUGUUUGGUUCAACGGACUACGGAGGAGACGAAACGGAAAAAUGUCGUGGAUUUGAGGCGUUGACUUUUUAAAACUUUUGGUGGUUAGUGUUUGUGAUUAGAAAAACUAUGUUUGAGGUGAAUAUUCGGACUAUGGAUGCCUUAGCUGUGGUCGUGAGAUGGUCCAUUCUCAUGCUGAUCGGCGUGAGUUGGCACGUUAAUUCUCAGACAGUGCAACAGACAACUGAAGUGGACAAUUCUUAUAAUUUUUACUAUGAGCAACCUUGCUGUUCUGGAACUGUUACGAAGAGCAAAUAUCAUAUGCGACACAGGCGAGAUCAUGUACGCGAAUUCUCCUGUGGCACACUUUACUAUCGAACCUUCUUCGUGGAUUCCAAACGAGAUGCUCUUUACGUGGGAGCCAUGGAUCGACUGUAUCGGCUGAAUAUGAAUAACAUCAGCGCAUCACACUGUGAAAGAGAUUCCAUAAAUCUGGAACCCAGCAACGUUGCGCAAUGCGUAUCCAAAGGAAAAUCAGAGCACUUUGAUUGCCGAAACCAUGUUCGUGUGAUUCAACCAAUGGGCGAUGGCUCCCGACUCUACGUGUGCGGGACCAACGCACACAGUCCGAAAGAUUGGGUCUUAUACUCCAACUUGACGCACCUGCCGCGUCACGAGUACGUGCCGGGCAUCGGCAUGGGUGUCGCCAAGUGCCCAUAUGACCCAGCCGACAACUCCACAGCCCUGUGGGUGGAAAGGGGCAAUCCUGGCAGCCUACCUGCCUUAUACUCUGGCACUAAUGCAGAGUUCACCAAGGCGGACACCGUCAUCUUCAGAACGGAUCUCCAUAACUUGACGACGGGCAGGCGUGAAUUUGCCUUCAAGAGAACUCUAAAAUACGAUUCCAAGUGGCUCGACAAAAGCAUCUACAAAGUACCUGGAGACGACAGUCGGUUCUAUGGCGUCUUCACGACUGCCUCCACCGGUCUCAUGGGAUCAGCCAUCUGCACCUUUACAAUCGGAGAUAUUCAGAAAGCAUUCGAAGGAAAAUUCAAAGAACAAGCAUCUUCCAGCUCUGCGUGGCUUCCAGUUAUCAGCAGUAAGGUUCCUGAACCAAGACCUGGAACAUGUGUUAAUGAUACCGCUUCUUUGCCUGACACCGUGCUCAAUUUUAUAAGAUCGCACCCACUAAUGGACAGCGCAGUCUCCCACGAGAACGAAAAGCCGAUAUACUACAAACGAGAUCUCUUUUUCACAAGACUAGUAGUCGAUAAAGUUAAAGUUGACAUGAUGGGACAUCCGCUGGAGUACACCGUCUACUACGCUGGCACAAAUGAAGGGAAAAUUCACAAAAUCGUGCAAUGGAACCGGAAUGGUGACAGCCAAUCAGCGUUGCUUGAUAUCUUUGACGUCACUCCAGGAGAACCUAUUCAGGCAAUGGCAAUAUCUCGCAUGCACGGAUCCCUCUAUGCUGCAUCGGAUAGGCGAGUACUACAACUGCGAUUGGCAUUAUGCGCGCGACGCUACGACGCAUGCGUCAGAUGCGCACGCGAUCCAUACUGCGGUUGGGAUCGUGAUGCCGGUGUCUGCAGGGAGUAUAUGCCUGGACUUAUACAGGAUGUAGCCAACGAAACCGCAGAUAUCUGCGACUCUUCUAUUGCUCGUAAGAGCGUAUCAGCGACUUGGGGCCAGAGUCUUCAUCUCGGCAGCUUCGUCAAAAUGCCAGAAGUGUUGCAGCCGAGAGCCGUCACGUGGUACCACUACUCUAGAGAAAAGGGAAGACAUCCAAUCACAUUCAAUAAGCCUGAAAAGUACAUUGAGACGUCGGAGCAUGGUUUGCUGAUUAUUUCGGUGAACGAAGCUGAUGCAGGAAGAUACGAUUGCUGGUUGGGAGGAUCUUUACUAUGCUCCUACAAUAUCACUGUUGAUACUCAUAGGUGUUCUCCCCCAGAAAAGAGCAAUGAGUACCAGAAAAUUUAUUCGAAUUGGUGUCAUGAAUUCGAAAAAUAUAAAACCGCAAUGAAAACUUGGGAACGAAAGCAAGAGCAAUGCUCAAGACAAAAUGACUCGAAUCAGAACACACAUCCAAACGAAAUCGUGUGAUAGCUUCUGAACAUCGCCUAUCUCAUGUUUCAGUCUGUUAAUUAUUAUGCAGGAGCUAUACCGAUACCUUACGUCUCGGCUGGCCUGAAGUACUUCAAUAUAUUCUCGUGAGGAAAUCCGUCAAUAUCAUCCGCUCCAUUACGAUCUCAUAGUGUCUCCAUAGUUGUGUACGUCGAGCUCAAGACUUAGUGCAUUCGACCGUACGUGACUCCCUAUAGCUUUUGUAAAGACGUAUCGAAAGUGUAGUGAAACUGACUAAAUUAUUGCAAUAGUGCAUCGUUCCAAACACUCGGCGGGAACAUGAAUAGGUGAUUAUUGGACACUCGAAAUUUUUACGAACAUUUUUAUUAAUGAAAAUUUAAAGGAACGAAUAUAAAGAGCGUUGUGCGUUGCAUUGUUGGUAAAUGGAAUGUAAAAUAUUUAGUAAUCGAAAUUAUAAGUACGCUUUGUUCGUUGGCUAAGUGAUAGAACAAUUGUUAGAAUUAUGGGAUGGUAAUACUUUGAAUGUUUGUAGAUUUUAUUUAAAUUCUGUUUAGAUUUUAAUUUUGUAUCAAUUAUUGUAUUUUGAAUCCUGUAUGUUUAUUUAAAUGUGAAGUAAACGAAUAAUUAUUCUUGAUGUUAAAACUUUUGUAAAUUGAUCAAUAAUGAUUAUUUGUUGUAAGCUACCGACUCGAAUACAAAGAUAUGUAUUGCCGUGUGUUGGUAUACCGCGGUCGUAAUUUGAAAUCUCCGAGGGUUGUGGGAGGGUUCGCCUCAUUAUUUUUCCCCUGUUUGUGUAAAUAGUUACCUAAUUUCGUUUGACUGUAUCUAUUAUAAGUGUACGUAUAGUAUGCACGUCCCUAAUGGUAAUGAGUAUAAUUUAAGCCUGUGAUAUAUAAGAAACUCGUUUAGGAAAAAUAUUUUUAAGUAUUGAUCGUGGACUUACUAAGACUAAAAUUGUCACUGAUUAAUAUAGCUGCAACAUUUAUUUUUUGUAAAAACACAAAUAGAUCUAUAGUAUGUGUUUACUAAACAUAUUUUAAUUAGCCGUGUCUUACAAAGUUGUGAAACUAUGUACUCUGAUACCUACUUGUAUAUCUGCACAACCUAAUAUCUCAUUUAUGAUCACAGCAAUAUAUUAGAAAGUAAUACAUCGACUCCUAAAGCUCUCAUAAAACUGACUAAAUACUCUUUUAAACUAAAAUAAAUAUUUAAUUUUAAAAACAAAAGAGUAACGAUACUUUUACGUUUAAAAAAUAAAUAAUUCUGAAAUGUUUAAACCAAUCUGUAUAGAAAUAAUUGAAAUGACAAAAAUACAACAGUUUUAUGAGAGUUUAAAAAUGUAAUUUAAACUUUAUAGGUAAAUAUAUAGAACACAAAGUAGAACAUUUAAGACAUUUUAGAAAAGUAUCUCUGAAUAUUUUUGUACAAAACUUCUGUAUAACCCAUUUUAGCUCACUUUUCAAGUAUCGACUAGUACCUAAUCAAUUUAUUCGAUUCCAUAUCAUACAAUUGUACCUAAGAGCUUGUACAUAUAUUCAUUAUCGCACCAAAAUAUUUACAUUCGCAGCGGUCAAAUAUAAAAAGUAUCAAAAUUAUAUACUGUACUCUAUAUAUUUUUUCUAAACAUUUUUUCGAGUAACGCCAUUUAAUAUCCGCUGCCAGAAUUUU